UUUUGAUGGGAAGUAUAGAAUCAAAAUGGUAUUGAUUCCGGUUCUCCUAAUGAUUAGUGUCAAAGUCCGUCCUUGUAAGCCAGAAGAUGAAAUGUCAUGAUGGAAACAUGUUCUAAUGUCUACCAGGUGAAUUGGUCCUAUUGCUUUUCAUGUUUGUUCAUUCAGGUUACAAAAUGUCCACGCAUGACAUCACGGUCACUGCAGCGGGAGGAGGCACAGUGGAACGGCCCGAUGUUGCUGGUAUCGUCCACGGCGGGAUGGGUCAUAACGUCACGACCAACCACAACCAAGAGCUUUCUGACGUCACUGAAGAAGACAUUGUUGGUCUUCUGCGAGAGAAGAACCUAGCAAAACACACCCCACUAUUCCAGGAACAUCUCAGGUUACAAAAUGUCCAACCAAGACAUCAAGGUCACUGGAGUGGAAGGAGGCACAGUGGGACGGUCCAUUUUUGCUGGUAUCGUCCACGGCGGGAUGGGUAAUAACGUCACGACCAACCACAACCAAGAUGCUGACGGCAGUGGUCAAGGUCAAGAGGCUCCCUAUAAAAUGGACUCUGUUCCGAGAGGGUUGUGUUAUAUAUUCAGCAACAAGACGUUUGAAAAUAAACCCGAUAAAAAGAGAAUAGGAGUCGAGAAGGACAGAGAUGCGUUGACAAAGGUGUGGGAAAAGCUCCAUUUUGUCGUGAAAUCGUUUGACGACUCCAAUGCUAAUGUGAUGGAAACUAGGCUGAAGGAACUUGCCGAGAUGGACCACAAGGCUUAUAACUGUGUGGUAGUGAUCUUCCUGACUCACGGGCGAGAUGGGGCGGUGCAGGGUUCCGACAACGAGUGGCUGGAAGUCAGUACCAUCACAUCUUACUUCAAGGCGUCAGUGUGUCCGUCACUGGCCAACAAACCAAAGCUGUUUUUCUUUCAGUCAUGCAGAGGCAACGAACGCCAAAAAGCUGUUCCGGUUCAAGGUGAUGGUGGCGGCAAUGAUGUAGUUGGUUCAGAAGCAAUACUUGUCAAGAUGGUUGCUCCAAAUGCAGAUUUCUUCUUUGGAUUUGCCACAGUGGCAGGGAUGCAGGCUCUCAGAAACGCUGAGACUGGUAGCUGGUUCAUUCAGUCGCUUGUCCAAGCUCUGGAAGCAUCUACAAAGAGAGAUGACCUGGACAGCAUCAUGACAACCGUGCGUCGUAAAGUGGACGAUCAUCAAUGUGAAACAUCGGAUGGGAAGUUUCUCAGACAAACGGCUGAAGUGCGGUCGACGCUGCGGAAGAAACUAUAUUUUACUUACUGAGCAAGGCAACGUUUGUUUCAAAUCACAUAAAGACGCCCAUUUGAUGUUAAACAUUAACACUUUCAUGAUAAUCUGUCUCGAAAUGUACAGUGGAGAAUUUGCUCAGCGUGUCGGUUCAGUUUCCUAUUGAUGUAGCAGUACAGACACACCUACACCUAUAAAUGCUUAUUAGGCUUAGAGGGGAAUUGAGAUGGUCGACUGAGGUAGUGCUGCGUUCCUUGGGAACAUAGAAACCAUGUUCAUGGGUUCGAAUCCCGGUUCGAAUGGACUGGGUUGGACGAACCCAGUAAACGUCUACGUUGUAGGACUUUCCUCCUACACAAAGCUGACAGGCCGUGAUAUGCCUGGAAUACCGUACAACACGGCGUUAAACCCGACUCACUCACUCACCAAUCUAUUCACCCAACAACCCGCUCACUCACUUACUCCCUGGGGAUACAAUUGGAAUACCGUUGAAAAUGACGUUAAACCCAACUCACUCACUCACUCAUUAACUCACUCACUCACUCACCCACGCACUCACUCACUCACUCAACGACGUUAAACCCAACUCACUCACCCAACCCACCCACUCACUCACUCACUAACCCACUCACUCACUCACUCCCUGGGAAUACAAUUGGAAUGCCGUUCAAAACGACGCUAAACCUCAUUCACUCACUCACCCACUCACUCAUACAUACUUUGGGAUACAACUGGAAUACCGUUCAAUACGGCGUUAAACCCGCUACCGAUGUUUUGUAGUUGAUUAUAUACUUUUAUAUGUAUAAGGAGGUCCAGGUUAAUAUAUUGAUUUCAAGGUACUCCUUUUUCAGAGAAAAUUUAAUGUUGAAUAAAAUCUAAUAUAACUGAAA